UAUACAUGGAGCGACUAUAAAGAGCGAACAGGGCUGUUCAUUGGAGGAAUUCCAUAUCAUCACUUGCAUUCAAAAAUAAAUUCGUUAUCUCACAUAAAAUUAAAAAAAAAACGGUAUUAAAAGCGCUUGGAAUCAGAUAUUGAAAUGCAGUAAAAGAAGAUUUGUUUCGGCAAAGAAAAGGCGUAGGAUAACAGAGGUUGUAAAGAGAUCCACUGAAUCCUCCUGCCACAAUGGUGUUAAAACACAAUUAAGAUAGAGAAGAAAAGAGAAGAUUCGAGGAAGACUGCCUGGAUUCCCGAGAGCCUGGCAGAAAAUUCAGACCCUGCUGUUCACUCUUCAGAUCCUGCGAUGCCCUCCUUCCCAAAUGAUGGAGACAGACCUGUUUGAGUUUUGUCAAUGUUUUAGAAUUUGUUCCAUCAAGCAGAACACUGGAACAUGUCUGCUCAACUCAGUUGUUUGAAGAAAAUAACAAUAUUCACGAUGGUUUUUAUGCCCACUUCCAAGAUAGCAAAACAAGAGAAUACCAACAGAGGAUCAAGGAACAUCCCCCGUGAAUGUGCAAUCCGAAGUCCCGUAUCAAAGCAAUGGGAAGAGGAAAGUCAGAACAAAGAAGAAGAAGGGAACCAUCACAGCCAACGUAGCCGGAACAAAGUAUGAAAUUGUUCGCAUUGUUAUCAGUGAGAUGGCAUUCAUGAAAACCAGGGAUGAAGAUGAAACAGCCAAUCUUAUCUGGAAUGACUCUGCUGUGCAGCAUGAGAAGAUUGCUGAGCUCAGGAACUACCAGCCUUUGCUAUUCUUUCACUGGAUCCUAAGAAGACUUUUAAACAGCUUGAGUUCUAAGAGAAUUAACCAUUUCCCAGGAAUGGGAGAGAUCUGCCGGAAGGACUGCCUUGCAAGAAAUAUGGCCAAAAUGAUAAAAAACCAGCCUCAGGAUUACAGCUUUAUUCCCAAAACCUGGAUCUUUCCUGCCGAGUACACUCAGUUCCAGAACUAUGUGAAAGAACUGCGCAAGAAACGCAAACAGAAGACGUUCAUUGUGAAGCCAGCCAAUGGAGCCAUGGGUCAUGGGAUCUCCUUAAUAAGAAACUGUGAGAAGCUUCCAGCCCAUGACCACUUCAUUGUCCAGGAGUACCUUGACAAGCCCUUCCUCAUGGAAGGGUACAAGUUUGACCUGAGAAUUUAUAUCCUGGUCACUUCCUGUGACCCUUUGCGAAUCUUCCUUUACAAUGAUGGACUCGUGAGGAUGGGCACAGAAAAGUAUCAUGCGCCCAGUGAGUCCAACCUGAGUCAGCUGUACAUGCACCUGACAAACUAUUCUGUGAACAAACACAAUGAAAACUUUGAAAGGGACGAGACAGCUGACAAAGGCAGUAAGAGAUCGAUCCGCUGGUUCACAGAGUUCCUCCGCACCAAUGACUACGACGUGGCCAAAUUCUGGGGUGACGUUUCUGAGCUGGUGGUGAAGACCCUGAUUGUGGCCGAGCCCCAUGUCCUCCAUGCCUAUCGGAUGUGUCGUCCUGGUCAGCCUCCUGGAAGCGACAGUGUGUGCUUUGAAGUCCUAGGAUUUGACAUCAUUUUAGACCGGAAGCUGAAGCCAUGGCUUCUUGAGAUCAAUCGUGCUCCAAGUUUUGGAACAGAUCAGAAGAUUGACUAUGAUGUGAAGAAGGGUGUCCUACUCAAUGCACUCAAACUACUGAACAUAAGAGCCAGCGAUAAAAAAAGGAAUUUGGCCCAGCAGAAAGCGGAAGCACAGCGGCGGCUGUAUGGUCAGGGUUCCAUGAAGAAGCUGUCGGCAGGCUCCUCUGAGUGGGAGAGACAGCGUCAUACACUGGAGAGGAGGAAAGAGGAGCUGAAAGAGAGGCUUGCUCAAGUACGCAAACAGAUCUCACGAGAGGAGUAUGAAAACAGGCAUCUGGGAAAUUACAGACGCAUUUACCCUCCAGAUGACAAGCUGCUCUUGGAAAAGUAUGAAAGCCUUCUCUCUGCUGCUUUUCAGACCUUCCUAGCAGGGCGAGCGGCCUCACUUCAAAAGGAGAUGAAUAAUCCUCUGAAGCGAAUGAAGGAAGAAGACAUCUUAGACCUCCUGGAGCAGUGUGAGUUGGAUGACGAGAAGCUUAUGGGAAAAACAUCCAGGCAGAGAGGGCCCAAGCCCUUGUCAUCCAUGCCUGAAAGCACCCAGACACCAAAGAAACAAAGGGACUACAGCAGCAAUAGCAGCUGUAACAACAGUAGCUCCUCAGGAUCAGAAGAGGAUGAAAAAGAAGACCUCUCAGAGAAGAAAGAGAAGAAAGUUUCAUAUGACCUGGGAGAAAACAAGAACAAAUCAUUGGAGCGCUCCAGCAGGAUUCAUUGGAAACCUCCAGUCAAGGCAACAAAAGCCGGACCUUCUGCUUCCCCAACUUUAUCCGCACCGAUCAGGCGCUCAAUUUCGUGCCCGCGGUCGAUAUCCUCCCUAACAGCGCAGUCACCGACGAAUGAGCCAAGGGCUGCAUCUGCGAAGCCGUCCACGCCCACGCUGCGCCCCAGCUCGGCCUCCCGCUCCCACUCCCUCAACCGCGGUGGCUCCACGAGUAGAGUGCCUCACAGCAGCAGCCUGGGCACCAUCCACUCCACAGUGACUGCAAAGACAGCGGAGCAUUUGGAGGGAGAGCCUUUGCUGAACCUCAGAACAAAAGAACAAGAAGCAGAGCUGACAAGACAGACUUUGACUGCUCUGAAUGAAAUGCGGAUCAGAUUUCCAGGAAAAACUGAGGAAGAGGCAGAAAUGAUUCUUGAUGAUAUACUAGAUAAUUGGAAAUAUCAUAAACCAAAAGUGGCCUCUUACUGGUUAGUGAAGUUAGAUUCGACAAAACAAAGGAAGGUUUUAGACAUAGUUCGCACAAAUGUCCGCUUGGUGAUACAAAGAAUCUGGAGGGAGCCUGAUGUCGAGAGUUUCCAUUUAUACCGCCUUUUCAAUCGUGUGUUUAAUCGCCUGCUUUGGAGCCACGGUCAAGGUCUUUGGAAUUGCUUUUCCAACUCUGGGACUUCUUGGGAAACCAUUUUCAGCAAAAGCACAGAGGUGGUGACUCCCCAGGAGCUGCAGUGCUGCCAGAGGCUGGUGCAGCUGUGCAGAGAAUGCCUCUUAGUGGUAUAUAAGUUUGUUGCUGACUCCCGGGGCUCGUUGACUGGCCUCAGUCCAGAAUGGGACGACACAAGGUAUCUGCUGCCAGUGACCUCACAGUUCAUCAUGAAAUGGCCAGCCUCCAGUUUCAGCCGGGUCUCUUCGGCCGUGCCACACUCUCGGAACCUCUUUUCAACCCGGAUGGGCCAGUUCUAAGAUGAGCAGUUGUCCUGGUCCAACUACCAGUAUUACCAGUCCAUUGCAGGACCGUUAACAACCUAUGAUAUUCAAUCAAAUUGUAUCUGGUGUAUAAAAUUUGCUCGCUGUACAGGAAAAAGUCACAGUACUGUAAAGAACAAAAUUUAUUUUAAAAUGUAACAUAAUCCAUGAACACAAGAAAAAUUCAAAGAUACAUUGUUGGGAUGAGAGUAAAAUUAACACCUUCUUAAAGAAAAACAUGCGUACUUUUUUUCUGGUUAGAAAAAAUGCAAAAUGAUUUUUGGUGCUGUCAUUGAAGCAUUUUGUUUGAAAAAGUUCACUUCUUUAGAUGCUAUUCCUUUUCUGUUAUAGAAAUGAGGUUAAGGUUCACAAACAGGGAAAUUCCAAGCUAUACAGUGUAGUUCAAAAUAUUUAGAAAUUGAAAUAGUGUGUAGCUUACUCAAAAUUACUUUUCUUUUUCAACAUUCACCAAAACUAAAAAACAAAUCUUGCCUCAAUAAUUUAUUUUAAAAAUAAAAGGUUUACUACUUUCCUCCUCAGUUUUAUUAAACGUUUACAACUGAACAAUAUACCAGUUGUGGUUCAAAUAUGGUUGGAAUCAAACACUGAAUGUUAGAAAUAUAACUUUUCUCAAAUUAUAUUUCAGAAAAAAAAGUUUUAAGUGUGAAUCUACACUUUUAGGAGACAAAAUUUAUAGGGAAUGUUCUUUAAGAAUGCGUACCACAGCGCUUAGAGCUGUUACUACUUCCAUAAUAGCAUCUUCCUCUAUCUUCUGCAUGUUCAGUUUUAAAGAUACUCUGCUGAGAGUGAGCAAAUUCAUUUGGGAAAUACUUGAACCUUUUUUUCUUUAAGUUGAGUUUGUUUUUAGAUACAUGUAUUUAUUGUGUUAUUUUACUUGUUUAUAUUAUACAUUUUAGAAUACCCAUGUUAAGGUGUUUAUGAAGGAAAGGAGCUAUUUUAAAAUAGCAUAGCUAAACUUUGUGGGUAAUUUGUUCAGUUUUAACUGAAAUGCUUUGUGUUCAAUCAGAGUGGAGCAGAUUCUACCAUGGAGCUUUAGCAGCUGUGCCCUGUAUUUCUCCAUUAAACGUAUGUGCCAGUGUAACCUUUGAUAAGCCAAUUAUAAGCACAACCAGUUAAAUAGUAAUUGGUCAAUUAUUGAAACAGAAAAUAAACUAAAGUAGAAAAAUCUAAUUAUUAUUUAUAAUUCCUGCAAUAUAACACACUUUCUGUAUGUUAGUAUUAUACAGUAUGUAUAUAAAAUGUUGUUUUAUAUAUUAUUUAUUAUAAUUUGCAAGUUCAGACAAUAUCAUUGCUUAAAGUAGCAAAUUAUAAUAGAGUUUUUAUAAUAAUCCACAUUCAGAUGGAGGUGAUCAUAAAUGUUUUUGCUCUCAAUCCCUUUUUCCUUCUUCAGUGUCAUUCUACAAUUAUGCCAAAUUCAUCUUUCCCGUGUACACCUAACUUUACAAUAGGACCUUUCCUCAGUAUGAUUUUCAGUUUACAUUUCAAUAAAAUGCUUUAAACACA